GGCCAGGUUCUGGGCUGGACUCAAGGAUGCCCACAAGCUCCAGACGCCCUGCCCGCUGCCCAUCCUGCAGACCAUGUGGGGGGCAGGGGGGGCUGUGGGUGUGACAUGUGCAGAGAUUCACGUCCAAAACCAAGUCCCAGGUUGUAGCCUGGCUUUAGACAAGGCCACACUCAAAGUGUCACAACCUGAUGGAAAUGGGUUGGUUUUGAGGUGGAGGUUACACCUCCUUCCUCCGUUUUAAGAGAGAGAGAGGGCCUAAUGCAGUAAUCAACCAGCUGGGUUCUGGAACCCGAGGGGCCUGGCUUAGCUGUGAAGUCUGUGAGCCCCGUGACCUUGGGGAGGCGAGCCUCCAUGUCCUUAUCUGGAGAAUGGGCAUAAGAAUAGAUUUCCUUGUGUGUAAACUGGGCUCAAGAAGAGACUACCUCUUAGGGUUGUUGAAAAGACCAGGACUUGUCCAGAGACCUCUGGCACAGAGGAGGUCAGGACCUGCCUCAUGACUGAAUUACACUUUCCUGUGUUUAGGACCUGAUUCUAGGAAACAGAACAGCCAGGAAUCCUCAUUCUCUGCCUCUGGGAAUGGAGAGAUGGAUCCUAAGAUGAACGGGCCAGAAGUGAGUUCAUCUCAGACUCCAGUUCUUUCCAAAGGGAACUUGGACGGCUACUUUAUAACUGCUGAAGAGUGCCUGAGACAGUUCCCCCGGAGACUGAAGGAAUCCUUCCGGGAGCCCUACGCGGCCUUCUUUAAGAUGGACACGGACAGGGAUGGCAUCGUCACCAUGCACGACCUUCAUCAGCUGCAGCACCUGGUCUUCAACCUGAAGGACGAGGAUUUCGAGCGAUUCCUGGGCCUUCUUGGCUUGAGGCUCAGCGUCACGUUAAAUUUCCAUGAAUUUCGAAAUUUGUGUGAGAAGAGACCGUUCAGAAUAGAAGACACCGCGCCUCAGAGACUCAUGAGACCAAAACAGAAGGUUGCAGAUUCAGAACUAGCUUGUGAACAGGCUCAUCAGUAUCUUGUUACCAAAGCAAAAACCAGAUGGUCAGACUUGUCUAAGAAUUUUAUCGAAACCGACAAUGAGGGCAACGGCAUUCUUCGACGACGGGAUGUAAAGAACGCGCUGUAUGGCUUUGAUAUUCCCCUCACACCCAGAGAAUGUGAGAAGCUUUGGAUGAGGUACGACACCGAGGGAAGAGGGCACAUUACUUACCAAGAAGUUUUACAGAAAUUGGGGGUUAACUCUUCAGCGGCUAUUCAUCAGCCCUACGCAGAGGAUUAUUUCAACUUCAUGGGUCAUUUCACGAAGCCACAGCAGGUGCAAGAAGAGAUGAAGGAGCAGAGCACGGAGAGGGCCGUGCCGGCCGGUUGGGGAAUCAGCUGGCAUGGUAAUUCCAUCAAUUACCUCGACUUCUUGAGAGCAGUGGAGAAUAGCAAGCUGACAAAACCUCAGCCACAAGAGAAGGAGGAGAGCGUGCCGAUCAAUUUUGCGACCCUAAGUCCAGAGGAGGUUCUGAAGAACGUCCAGGAGGUCGUUGCCUCCUCCAGUCCGGCUUUGUCAACGGCAUUUUCUGCACUGGAUAAAGAGGACACUGGGUUUGUAAAGGCUUCGGAUUUUGGACAAGUUCUUAAGGAUUUCUGUUACAAACUAACAGAUACCCAGUAUCAUUAUUUUUUGAGAAAACUAAGAAUUCAUCUCACCCCGUAUAUAAAUUGGAAAUAUUUUCUCCAGAACUUCAACAGUUACCUUGAGGAGGCUGCUGCUGAGUGGGCUGAGAAGAUGCCCAAAGGCCCGCCGCCCGUAUCUCCCAAGGAAAUGGCAAACCAAGAGGUCCUGGCCCGGCUCCACAAAGCUGUGACCUUCCACUACAACACGAUCGCCCAGGAGUUUGAGAACUUCGACACCAUGCGGACCAAUACCGUCUCCAGGGACGAGUUCCGGUCCAUUUGGACUCGCCACGUCCAAGUUCUGACGGAUGAGCAAUUUGAUAGGCUCUGGGACCAGAUGCCCGUCGACGCCAAGGGAAGGCUGCAAUACCUGCACUUCCUCAGGAGCUUCAGCUCGGGGAAGGCGGCCCCGCCGCCGGCCCCGGGCGCCUCGGCCAAGGCGCAGAGAGGGUGCGGCGUCCCCGAGGUCUCAGAGAGAAGCAGGUCUGCAGGGUCGUCGCCCACUCGAGACCUGAAAGCAGGGUCCAAACCGCGGAGUCACCCCUGCACCCCCGCGAGCACGACCCCACCGCUGCAGAACUGCGAGCCCGUGGAGAAUAAGCUGCGGAAGAAGAUCCAGGGCUGCUGGCGCGAGUUCCUGCGAGAGUGCCAGGAGAGGGACGCCAACAAGCAGGGCGAGAUCCCCGCCACGGAGUUCCAGGCUCUCGUGGAGAAAUUCAACCUGGGCGUAAACAGAGAUGAGUGCCGGCAGCUCAUCGUCAAGUACGACUUAAAGAACAACGGGAGGUUUGCUUAUUGUAACUUCAUUCAGAGCUACGUCCUCCUGUUAAAAGCAAAGGAAACCUCGCUGAUGCAGAGAAUGAAACUGCAGAAGGCGACUAAAAUGAAAGAAUGCGGUGCUGAGACUUCUUCCUUUUACGCCGCUCUGCUGCGGAUUCAACCCCAAAUUGUGCGCUGCUGGAGGCCGAUGCUGCGCACACUCAAGGCCUACGACGAGGGAAGGACGGGGCUUUUAAGCGUGGCUGAUUUCAGGAUGGUCCUGAGGCAGUACGGCAUCAACCUCUCCGAGGAGGAGUUCUUCCACAUCCUGGAGUAUUAUGACAAGACGCUGUCUUCAAAAAUCUCCUACAACGACUUCCUCCACGCCUUCCUUCAGUAGGGGGCCAGCUCUGCGAGCCCAGCAUGGACAGACGGGGACCGCAGGGCCUGUCCCCGAGACUAGUAAAAUCUAUCAUCGGGCUGUCUCACGAACUUCCAGAGUGUCCCCAAAACAGAGCCCACACCCACGCCCGGCCUGCGUCUUUCCGAGGUCAUCCCAGGCCCAGCGCUGGGCUCUAGCGUCAGCAGUGGCCUUCCAGAGGGCCUCAGGGCUGCCCCGCUGAGCCUCGGGACCCUCGUUAGUUUGAGCAAAUUAAAAUGUUAGUCUCUGCAAGAAUGAUGCUUGAAGCUUUAAAGGAACCACCAAUGAUAAACUUCAAAACUCAGACUUUCUGAAGGUUUUAUUCACAAGAGCUUGCUGGGUGCCUCAGGGCCGCCACAGCACUUCCUCCACCUGGGUCACAUCUGUGCCCCUGCUGGGCUUGUCCACAGGGCCGCCUUGCUGCCCCUGGUGACACAGGCACCAGCCUGACGUCACGGAGGAGCGGCCGGCAUCUACGUCAGGCCCCAUGUGUUCUUUGGGGGCUCAGCCUUUCCAGGGCCCGGCUGAGCUGACCGCUGAUUGGAGCCACCCACCAGCGCCCAUUGCUGGAGGGACUCUUGCUUGGACACAGCAGGGUGUGACAAGCUGAGAGAAGUUUUCAAUUGCCGCAGUCCUUUCCACCCAUCACGAAGAAGAUGGAAGGGAGACAGUUUGCUGCCUCCUGGAAAGUUCUGGAAGGAACAGAAGAGGCAGGCAAGAGAGCUGCCCCUGAGCUGUGUGACCCCGGG